UGGGAAAAGACGACAGUUAUCGCGUUCUGCGUGUAUAGCUGACGACGCUCAGUUGCUUGUUAUUGCUUACAGUGUACCAUAACUCUGCUUAUAAGUUGUGCAGUAAAUUCCAAGUGUUGCAGUUACAUCGACUGGUAUAAUCAACACUUGAACAGUUAAUAAGCAACUUUGUUAACCGCUGAAAGUAAAUUAGGUUUGAUCAUGGAUAACGCAGAUGAUCCUUAUGCGCAUGUUGCCAAAGGUCCUUUGAAGUUGAAAGGAGUCGAAUCUUCUGGAAAAAAAAAAAAAAAGAAACAUAAGAAAGAAAAACAGCUUGUUGAAGUUGCUAAAGUCAUUGAAGAAGAAGUACCUCAAACUACCCAAGUAAAAAAGACAAAGGCUGAAAUGGCGUUUCAAGCUAUGAAAGAAAAAACACAAGCAGAGCGUAUAAAAAAUAAAGCUGCAAAACCACACAAACAAAGAGUGGAAGAAUUUAAUAGGCACCUGGAUAGCUUAACGGAACACUUUGACAUACCUAAAGUCAGUUGGACUAAAUAAAUAAUGGAGAUGAAGAGCUUCAGCUUAAAUUAUGCCAACAGCAAAUCAUUAAAUAUAUUUAUGCUCAUAAAGUAUAUUUAUGUAACUGUACAUAACGAUAAAAAAAACAAACAUAAUUUUAAUCGUGUAAAUAUUGUAGAAUAUAAUUUUAAAUGUAAAAUAUCCCAAUAAAGUAUGAAAUAAAUUGUCUUUUGAUCACACAAAA